AUGCAGCAUGUUUUACCGGCUUACUCUUCGGAACAUGAUGCACGUAACAAGAAUAAUUCAUCGACACGUGCAAUAGUUGACCUAAGUAAACGUGAAAAUAACCUUUCGAAUGUUGAGAUGACAAAUGAUGGAAGUGAUGUUAGUAGUAGCAAUCCGAUUCCAAUGCAAACACGACAAGCACGGCGAAAACCAACUCCUGUUUUAGAAUUCGCUAAACGAUUAGAUCAAACUGAAUUUUUAUGUUUAUUAUGUGACAAGACAUAUAAAGAUGAUGUUGGUUCAACCACAAAUAUUCGAAAAUAUUUAGGUAGUAAACAUGGAAAAGUACAUUUAAUUUAUAAAUCAACAUUUCAAUUGUCGAAACGUGUUCGGGCAUUCAACAAGAGUGCCUUGGAUAAAGCUGCAAUCAAAUGCAUUAUUCGUGAUGGUAGAAGUUUUAACGAUUUUAAAAAAUCUGGAAUGCAAACAUUUUUCAGAGAAGCUACACUAAAUUACUACGGACCAAGUAGUCGUGCAGUCAAACGUCAUCUACAUGCUUUACAUAUGGAUGAAAGAAACAAAUUGAAAGAUGAAUUAUGUUCAAUUGAUAACAUGUUGUUGAUAUAUGAUCUUUGGUUCAGUAGUCGACGUUCAUAUUAUGGUUGUGUAAUAGUACAUUUCAUGGUUAAAGAUUUUACAAUUAAAUCAGCAGUGCUCAGUUUUAGACGUUUUCUCGGGCAACAUUAUUCAAAACGAUCAAACUCACAUUUAAAUCGUGUUAUUCAACAAUAUGAUUUACAAAAUAAAAUUAUAUCGAUAACAACCGACAAUGGAAGUAAUAUGAAAUUAACUGGUUUUGAUUCUCAUAUUUAUUGUUGCGCCCAUGCACUAAAUCUUACAUUUCAAAAAUCUUUAUGUUUAUGGCCACAAAAACAACAAAAAAACGCAGAAAAUCAAAACAAUGAAACAUCUGGUUGUGAAGAAGAUGAAACUGACACACCAGACCUCAAUUCAACUAAUGAAUCACAAAAUAGUUCGGAUAGCGAUGAAGGGGAUUAUUCCGAUACUGAUAAUGACGAACAACAAUCCGAUGAAGAUAAACAAAUUGAUAACCAUGAUAAACCAUGCGGAGCACCUGAAAUUGCCCACUCAACAUUAAAUCCUAUUACUAAAAUGCAAAUAUUGAUGAGAAAAUGUAGUGUGCCAGCAGCAACAACAUUACCCCUCCCAAAAAUGGCAAUCAAACGAUCAUCUACACAGGGAGCAGCAGUGACACAAGAAAUUUCAAUUUAUGUUGGAUUGUCAAAGGCUGAUUAUGAUCUGUCAACCUUUUGGUUAGAGCAUGAACAACGUUUACCAAUAUUAUCAUAUAUAGCCAAGAAAUUUCUUCAGAGAUUCCUAUGA